AUGGUGAAUGAGGAAUCAUGGGGGCAUGCCCAACAAGGAGGUGCACUGGCACAAGGGCAGGAUGGCAACGCUGUUGUUACCUCCCUCCCCUUCUCACCCUCCCUCUCAUCCCUCCUCUUUUCUCCUCCCCUCCUUGUAUGUGAGAUGAGAACACCACCGGUCAGGAGGGUGCUCUUUGGGAAGCAGCUUGCAGGGGCAAGGGUGGAGGAGUUGGAUGAGGCGCAUGGGGAGGGGGAUGGGGCGGAGGAGGAGGAGUUGGAUGAGGGUGGGUGA